AUGACUCAAUUGCUGCCGCGCAUUUCUCCCCGCUCUUUUCUUCCCCCUCCAUCGAUUCUCGCCAGGACCUUCACCUGUUCGCACGCGCUCCAGAAGCAGAACCGCAAUCCCAAGAUGGCCACCGUCAAAACCAAGACCGGCCAGGAGGUCGACCGCCUCGUGCUGGACUCCAUGCUCCGCCGCCGCAUGUUCUACACCCCUUCCUUCGAGAUUUACGGUGGUGUGUCCGGUCUCUAUGACUAUGGCCCUCCCGGUACCGCCCUGCUCACCAACAUCACGGACGCAUGGCGCAAGCACUUCGUGCUCGAGGAGGACAUGCUCGAGGUCGACUGCUCCAUGCUCACUCCCCACGAGAUCCUCAAGACUAGCGGGCACGUGGACAAGUUCGCCGACUGGAUGUGCAAGGACCCCAAGACUGGCGAGAUCUUCCGUGCCGACCACCUGGUCGAGGAGGUGCUGGAGGCCCGUCUGAAGGGCGAUAAGGAGGCGCGCGGACAAAAGGUUGAGGUUGAUGCCGAGAAGGAGGCCAAGAAGAAGAAGAAGUCCAAGGGCGAGACCAAGGCUGUCAAGCUGGACGACGCCCUGGUGAAGGAGUAUGAGGAGACCCUUGCUCAGAUCGACAACUUCGACGGCCCCGAUCUUGAAAAGAUCAUCAUCAAGUAUGACAUUCGCAACCCUGCCACCGACGGUCCCGUGCAGCCUCCCGUCGCUUUCAACCUCAUGUUCCAGACUUCUAUCGGUCCCAGCAGCAACAUGCCGGGCUAUCUGCGCCCCGAGACUGCCCAGGGUCAGUUUUUGAACUUCCAGAAGCUGCUCGAGUUCAACCAGCAGAGCAUGCCUUUCGCCUCUGCCUCGAUUGGCAAGUCUUUCCGUAACGAGAUUUCCCCUCGUGCCGGUCUGCUGCGUGUCCGUGAGUUUCUCAUGGCUGAGAUUGAGCACUACGUCGACCCGGAGGGUGGCAAGAAGCACCCCCGCUUCGUCGAGGUCAAGGACGUUGAGAUGUCCCUGCUUGACCGCGACGUGCAGCUGUCUGGCAGCACUAAGACCACCACAAUGACCAUCGGCAAGGCCGUCGAGACUGGCAUUGUCGAUAAUGAGACUCUGGGUUACUUCCUGGCCCGUAUCCAGCUUUUCCUGAUUAAGAUCGGCGUUGACUUCAGCAAGCUGCGUUUCCGUCAGCACAUGCAAAACGAGAUGGCUCACUACGCCGCCGACUGCUGGGAUGCCGAGCUGCAAACUAGCUACGGCUGGAUUGAGUGUGUUGGCUGCGCUGACCGCAGUGCCUACGAUUUGACCGUGCACAAGGACAAGACCGGUGCCCCUCUCGUGGUGCGCGAGACCCGUGCCGAGCCUCUGCGUGUUGAAGAGUGGCAGAUCGACCUCGAGAAGAAGAAGUUCGGUCCCCGCUUCAAGAAGGACGCCAAGACCGUCGAGGCGGCCAUCGACGCUCUCUCGCAGGAGCUACGUGAGAAGCUCUCCCUGGAUCUGAACAACACCGGCAAGGUUGAGAUCGACGUUGAGGGUGUUGGCUCCGGCAAGGUUGAGCUGGACAAGGAGCUGAUCAACAUUGAGAAGCGCACUCGUGUUGAGAACGUCCGCGAGUACACCCCCAACGUCAUUGAGCCGUCCUUUGGUAUCGGCCGUAUCCUGUACAGUAUGAUUGAGCACGUCUAUUGGUCGCGUGCCGGCGAUGAGGCCCGUGGUGUCCUUUCCUUCCCCCCUGCUGUCGCCCCCACCAAGGUUCUGCUGGUCCCUCUCUCGACCAACCCUGCCUUCAAACCUCUGGUCCAGAGCCUGUCAUCCAAGUUGCGCAAGAUCGGCGUCUCCAACCGUGUGGACGACUCGUCCGCCAGUAUCGGCAAGCGCUACGCCCGUAACGACGAGCUGGGCACUCCCUUCGGUAUCACCGUUGACUUCCAGUCCGUCAAGGACAACACGAUCACUCUGCGUGACCGCGACACUACCAAGCAGGUCCGAGCCAGUGAGGACGAGAUCCUGGCUGCUCUCAAGUCGCUCACAGACGGCGACGAGACCUGGGCCGAUAUCAUCAAGCGCCUGCCCGAGUUCACCGGCCAGGAAGUUGAUAAAUCAAAGGCGGCAGUCCCGAUCCGGCCAUCCGCGCCAAGAAUCCGGGGCAACCUCGUCAUCGUCCAUCUGUCCUCUCCUCCUCCGUCCAGAGCUCCAAUCCCCACCAUGGCGCCCACUGUACAUUCCGCGAAACUCACUCUCUCCUAUCCGCUCUUCGCAGCAGACUUUGACCCGCGCAAUAAUGGCCGCCUGUUGGUCGGCGGCGGCGGCGGCGAGGGCCGCAGCGGAGUUGGAAACAAGAUCUCGCUCAUCGAUACCUCACACCGACAUGAAAUCACCGAAGCCGUGGAAAUGAACCUGUCGCGCGAUGAGGACUCGGUCACGUCGCUUGCUGUGGCGCCGCAGACCACCGAUGAGGAGCACUCGAUGGUUGUCCUGGCUGGCAUUAACAGCUCUGCAGUAGAGCAGAAAAACAACAAUAAUCAGCACAUGCGCGCGUUUCGGUUUGAGGCUCCGCGAAAGGUGCAGGCUGUAGCUACAGAUGCGCCGGAGUCGGAGGGCAAAGAAGAAAAGAAGGACGAAGUUAUUCCUGGAAAGGCCACACAAUUGUCAAAGGAGUCGCUUUUCCGCUCGAAAACCGGGGAAUCGGGUGAUACCUAUCAGCGCGUGCUCAGACUGUCGCCUUGGAGGAAACAGGCCGAUGCUUCGGAGAAGAACACGCAGGAAUCGAGAGUUGGAGCCAUUGCCACGGGACUCGCGCCAUCAGGAGAGAUUGUUCUUUUCCACGCGACAGAAUGCCCCAGUGAAUCAGACGUGAUCGGCCGUAUUCGACUCGGUGCCAACGAGGAAGCAGACGACAUUGAUUUCGCUAGUCUUGAGUACGAUGCGGACUCAGGCAAAGAAACGCCGGGCCAGUUCCGUAUGGCUUAUACCAACGGUGUGGAUGUUAUGGCCGGCGAUAUAUCGUCUACUACACGCUCCAAUGCUGCUCCGGAUAUUUUCAGGGUCUUCACCAUUCCUUUGCCCAGCAGUGGAGCUCGCGCUGCUCGUUCCAAGUUCCGUUCUCUGCGCUUCUUGUCGCCUACGAGCAUCUUGAUGCUGCAGAAUGCCGCUGACCGCGGCGGCUGCGAGCUUGUUCUCCUCCAAUUACACAAAGAAAAGGGCGCCCAGGCAAAGAUCUUGUGCCGGCGCAAGCUCCCUCGAGGCGUGAAGAUCGGUCUUGGUCUCGAUGUAUGUCAGCUUGGCACAAAUCCAGCCGGCCAACAACAAACCAUCAUCGCCGUCAGUGGCAGCGACCAUUCCAUCUCGCUCUUCACACUGGAGUACGGGCCAAACAAAGGCUACGGCAAAAUCCAGCCCUACACAACCCUCCGUGACGUGCACCCCUUCUCCAUGACGAAGCUCUGCUUCUCAGCCUUCAUCGCUCCCGCCCACCCUAUCAGCCCGGAGGUCGGCCCACAGAAAGUCAAGCUCGCAUCCGUCAGCAUGGGCAAUACCGUCGUCGUGCACACUCUACCCCUCCAGCCCUUCCCGCCUUCUUCCCGUUCUCCACGCUACGUCCUGACUAUCCCCGGUCCCGCCGAGUUCUGGGAAGGACUCGUCUUCAGCUUCGCCCUGCUUGUAUCUUUCCUCGUUAUCUGCACCGCGCUCCUCUCCUUCGCCGAGAUCCGCGGUGCCACCCCGCCCUACCUGGGUGCUGCAAACUACCUCCCAGAUACUUGGCGCGAGAACUGGGCUGUCGAAUACGAAGUACCACCGAACGGCAGGGGCUCUUAUGAAACCCCCAUUACACUUUCCGAUGAAAUUCACUCUCUGAAGGAUAUCCUUGACCGCGUACACAGCGCAGGCGCCGCCCCAGCCGAUCUCGAAACCGUAACACCGCAUGCCCUUUCCGUGAUUGUGCGUUGCAACAAGCCUGGCAUGGACGCAGAGCAGAGCAUUAUCGUUGAAACGUCCUCUUCAUACAAGGGCGCUCACGACCCCUCAGAAGAACGACUCUGCGCCUGGCAGGAGAUGAAUCCCGCUGACCGGGAAUCCUGGAAACGCCGUCUUGAAGUUGCAGGCCGUUGGGUUCCUAGUCAGGGCGAGUCGGUCUUGCAGAAUGUCAUCUUCAGCGAGGAAUGCGGGCAUCUGAGGGAGUGGGUGGCGGACGAGUUGUAA